UGAAGAAGAAACGCAGGAGUGCGUAAAUAGUCGCACAUGAGGUGUGAUGAGGUCUCUGGGCUGCAGUCUGCAGGGGCCGCUUAUCUUCAUCAUGUUGUCUUAUCUGCUGUCACGAAGUCUGUGCCAGGUUGUUACGGAAGUGAACCGCAGGUCUUACCCGACCUUUGGUCCAGCUUUUCGGGCUUUUACAACCUCAAGUCCUCAAAGAGGAGAGGCAUCCGACAACGGUUCAGUGGUGACCUACUCGCAGCUGAAGUCCAUGCUGUCCAACCAUGACGUUCAGCUGUUUGAUGUGAGAAAUCCUGAUGAGUACCAGGCUGGGCGCAUUUCAAGUGCUGUCAACAUCCCAUUGGGCAACCUGGAGGAGUCUCUGAAGCUGUCCCCAGAGCACUUUCAGCAGAAAUUUAAUGUGACGCCUCCUGGGAAAGAUGACGACAACAUCGUGUUUCACUGUAGAAGUGGUAACAGGAGCGCCAAAGCCCUGGACAUCGCCCGUCAUCUGGGGUUUAACAGGGUGAGACAUUAUAAAGGAGGGUACAGUGAGUGGGAAGAGCGAGAAAGACAGUGAAUUCUGCACUUCAAAACUACAGGAUAUAACUGAGAGAUGACUUAUGUGUUACGCUUGAGCAACGUUCGGUUACAGUUUUAAAUCAUUUUGACUUAAUAAGUUACAAUUUAGACUCACGCUGACUGUUUUUAUAGGUAAACAUUACUUCUUUGCCUUUUUAGUUACUGAUUCUUUGAGGUUUUAGAUAUGCUGUGUAUCCUUUCUAUUCUGUGCCAAGAGUCAUGAUUCAUGACAAACUGAUUAAUGCGACUGUUGUUGUGUUGAUUAAAUUAUAAGGAAAUUUCAA